AUGAAAACCUCCCCAGCCCUUGGUUUCUGCCUCCUCUUCGUGAUCAGCUAUGGCUCUUCGGAGAACUCGAGCACGUCGCGCGGCUGCGGCCUGGACCUGCUGCCGCAGUACGUUCACCUGUGCGACCUGGACGCCGUGUGGGGCAUCGUGCUGGAGGCGGUGGCGGGAGCCGGCGCGCUCACCACGCUGCUGCUGAUGCUCAUCCUGCUCGCGAGGCUGCCCUUCAUCAAGGACAAGGAGAAGAAGAGCCCGCUGGGGAUGCACUUCCUCUUCCUUGUGGGGACUCUGGGACUGUUCGGGCUGACGUUCGCUUUCAUCAUCCAGGAAGACGAGACGGUGUGUUCCACCCGGAGGUUCCUGUGGGGAGUUAUCUUUGCUCUGUGCUUCUCGUGCUUGCUAGCUCAAGCCUGGAGACUUCGUAGACUAGUUCGGCAUGGGAAAAGUCCAUCCGGCUGGCAUCUAGCUGGCGUGGCCAUCUGCCUGAUGCUCGUGCAAGUCAUUAUUGCGACGGAGUGGUUGGUACUGACCGUCGUGAGAGAUCACAAGCUGGCCUGCAACUACGAGCCGAUGGAUUUUGCUAUGGCUUUGAUUUACGUUAUGUUCCUGAUGGUGUUCACCAUGGGGUUUUCUCUUUUCACUCUUUGUGGAAAGUUUAAAAAAUGGAAGAAAAAUGGAGUAUGCCUCAUUAUAACGCUUUUUUUCUCCAUUCUGAUUUGGGUAGCCUGGAUGACUAUGUACCUCUUUGGUAACGCUGAACUAAACAGAAAAGACAAAUGGAGUGAUCCCACUCUUGCUAUUGCACUGGUGUCCAGUGGUUGGGUGUUUGUUAUUUUUCAUGCUAUACCAGAGGUCCACUGUACCAUCCUGCCAUCGCAACAGGAAAACACACCCAAUUAUUUUGAUACUUCACAGCCAAGGAUGCGUGAAACCGCUUUUGAGGAAGACAUACAGCUUCCUCGGAGCUACAUGGAAAAUAAAGCUUUUUCAAUGGAUGAACACAAUGCAGCACUAAGAACGGCAGGAUUUCGAAACGGCAGUUUGGGAAGCCGACCCAGUGCUCCUUUUAGAAGCAAUGUUUAUCAGCCAACUGAGAUGGCAGUUGUGCUAAAUGGUGGGACUAUACCAACUGCUCCGCCAAGUUACACUGGACGACACCUCUGGUGAAAGGCUGUAGGCUCUAGAAAAAAAGAAUUUUUGUUACAGAUUUUGUUCCCUGGCAGUGUGUCUUUGAGGGAGGAAUCCAUAACAGUACCAGAACAAAGCAGCAAAACAUCCAGGAGCUUUCGAAAUCCUACAGAGGAUUUUACGUAAAUGUGAACAUCACUUUACUGAUAAGCUAAAUGCAAAAACAAAUUGUAAAGCUGAAGCUGAAUCUAAUUUAAAAUAGAAGCAGACACACUAAAAUGGAAGAGGGGAUCUUGUAUUCUGAGAUGUAAGAUAUACUCUGUCUGUAACUAGCGUGCGAGACAAGCCUCCUCUUUUCU